AUGUCAGAUAGUUUAGCCCUUAUUCCAUUACAACCAAGACCACUUCAACUUAAUGAAAUUGUACCUGCCUUAUUUGAACAAUAUCAUGAGAUAAAACCACAAGUAAAACAACCAAAUGGUAAUUAUAAUUGGAUUAAAUCAUUUCCAAUUAUAAAUAGAUUCUUUGGGGGUCGUAAUGAGAAAAGUUUACUUAUUAGACAUUUAUUAGAACAACAAGAAUUGGCUACAAGUUAUCAAACUUGGUUAGAGAUUUCAUUAAAAUUAGAUGAAUUAAUGGGAAAUAAUACUUGGAAAUCAGAUCCUAGAUCAGAAUUAUAUGAUUUUGAGUUAGUUUAUAAUAAUUUACAAGAAAUGAGAAAGGCAAGAUUAUCAGGUGAUUAUAAAUUAUUAUUAUAUUUGGUUAGAACAAAAUGGGUUAGAAAUCUUGGUAAUAUGGGUGAUAGUCAUUUAUAUAGACAUUCAUAUGUUGGCACUAAGAAAUUAAUUGAAGAAUAUAUUCAAGAAUGUAAAGUAAGUUUAGAUUAUUUACUUAACAAUAAAGAAGUUGAUUUAGAUGAUAGAUACCUUUUAGGAAUGUUGAUUCAAACUAGAAAAAAUAUUGGUAGAACUGCCUUGGUUUUAUCUGGUGGUAGUACAUUUGGUGUUUUUCAUAUUGGUGUAUUAGCAACAUUAUUUGAAAAUAAUGUUCUUCCUCGUAUUAUUAGUGGUUCAUCAGCAGGUUCAAUUAUGGCUAGUAUUUUAUGUUCUUAUUCUCAUGAAGCAACUUUAGAAAUCUUGGCCAAUUUUCCUAGAGAUAAAUGGGAUAUUUUUGAAGUUGAAGAUAAAGAAGAUAUUGCAAAUUUACCUACAUUUAAACAAUUGUUACAUUAUUUGGGUCAUUUCAUUAAAUAUGGUACUUUAUUUGAUAUUGUGGGUUUACAAAGAACUAUGGCCAAUUAUUUGGGUGAUUUAACCUUUAGAGAAGCUUAUAAUAGAACUGGUAAGAUUUUGAAUAUUAGUGUUUCACCAGGUACUAUCCAUGAACAAAGUAAAUUAUUAAAUUAUUUAACUGCACCUAAUUGUUUAAUUUGGUCAGCUGUAUGUGCAAGUUGUUCAUUACCUGGUAUUUUUCCUUCUUGUAUUGUAUAUGAGAAGAAUCCCAAGACUAAUGAAAUUCAUGAAUGGAAUAAUGAUGUAUCAACCAAAUAUACCGAUGGGUCAGUGGAAAAUGAUUUACCAAUAGCUAGACUUUCAGAAAUGUUUAAUGUUGAUCAUAUUGUUGCCGUACAGGUAAAUCCCCACGUUGUUUCAGUUAUGAGAAUCUCAGUUAAUAAUAUAGGAGGAGAUGUUGAAGGAGAAUUUCAUCAUAAGUUAAAACAUGGAUUAACUAACGUUUAUGAUUUUGUAUCUUCAGAAAUUGUUCAUUAUUUGCAAAUGUUAGGUGAAUUGGAUGUUGGUAAAGAAUUAAUGAGUAAAGUAAUCGCGGUAUUAUCACAAAGUUAUAGUGGGGAUAUUACUAUUAUGCACAAAUAUAAAAUGUUAGAUUUAUUAAACUUAUUCAAAAACCCAAAUGAAGAAUUUUUAUUAGAUUUCUUCUGUCGUGGUGCUAAAGCUGCUUGGCCAAAAGUUUCAAUUAUUCAUAAUAAUUGUGGGGUUGAAUUUGCUUUAGAUAAAGCGAUUUCAUUAUUACGUGGGAGAAUCAUCACUUCAACAAAUAAUAGAAUCAGUUAUAGCAUUCAUAGUGAAGUUCACAAGAGUUUACUGAUGCAUAAAGGAUUACCCAAAUCUGUUUCAUUUCAUAAAAGAAUCCCACCUGGAAUCAAAAGACAUAAUUCAGCUUCUGGAAGCAUUGGCUCUAAACGGAAUAUCUCGGCAAUUCUUAGGACAAAAGGUUAUCCAAUUAGCAGUAAAGGACAAUUGAAUAUAUCAGUAUCUUCCGAAGGAACAGGUACAAGUUCUCCAAAGAGAAAGAUGAUUUCAAGCUCUUCAUAUCUGCAAUUAUCCAACAAAAUUCAUGAUGAUGCAUCCACUUUAGUCAAUGAUGAGAAUGAUUCGGACGAGAAUCAUCAACAACCACUGAGACAACAGCUAUUAACCAAAGCUCAAAAAGAUGCCACCGAAGCUAGACUUAAAGUCCGUAAAGCGAAAAGUUCAGGAAAUUUCAGAUUUAAUAUUGAUCUGUAUUUAAAUAGUCAACAAGAAAAGAAUACCGCUGCAUUCAAGAAAUUCAAAAAUGAUCGGGUUCCAUUAGAUGCCAAGUCGAAUCCUUAUCUCGAUGACGAAUCGUCCAUGUAUUCAGUAAAGAACGUCGCGGGAUUGCCAGCAAUGCACGUUAGAGGAAAUAGUACGAGUAGUCUCAGAAGUGGAGAUCUAGCCACAGUGGAAAUCUUGGAACCAGAAUCUUCAGCAUUCAAAGAAAAAGCUAAUUUGCCAAGUAGAUCAAGAUCCAAUUCUCAUCAGAAUUCAUAUAUUGGUUUGAAUAGAUUGAAAAAUGAACGGUCUUCAUCUAAUUUGCGUCAAUAUAGUGACUCAACAACUGCGGGUGUCGUUGGAGAUGAUGAUACAUAUAGUUUAAACUGGGCGGCUUUAGAGAAGAGUAUGGCUGACAAAUUAGGUGAAUUACAUAUCGAUGGCCAUGAUGAGGACUUGUUUGAAAUCCCAAAUGUUACUUGGCAACAGGAUGAUGUGGAUGAGCAAGAUUUGGCUGAUGCUUUGGAUGACGAGAAUUUUGAAAAUGCGGUUACAGAAGAAGAAGAGGAUGAGGAAGAAGAGAGUAGUAGUUUGAAUGCUGAUGAAGAUAAUCAUCAUCAACCAAGAGAGUAUGUGGGAAAAGUAGAAGAGGAUGAAGGAUAUCAUAAUGAUGAUGAUACUUUGGAAGAAGAAAUCGCCCCACAUGCUGAUUUAGGACACUCUGAUCUGAUUGAAUCUGAAGAACCUGUCAAUCAAUACUAUGGAUCAGUUUUUAGCUAG